UGGGGAGGGAAAGCGAGAGCAAUAAUGACCGCGGGGGCGCAACUCGAGAUAAGAACCAGAACGGAAGGAGGACCUCCAUCUCUUCCUGUCUCCUUUAGUCCGCUUCAAUCCUCGGUUUGAUCUUCACUUUCUGUGGUCUUCCGUGUAGAGUCUGUGUCGUCGUCUCUCCCCUCUGCCUUUCUCCCUCUUUCUGGUCCCUGUUCUUGUGAAGGCUGGUCUUCUGAGGGGUAACCCCCGGGUGCCGUCUCAGAGCUGCGUAGAGGCGGCGCUAGUGGAGGUACCAAGUCUGUAGGAGUGGCCGGACAACAAAAAGGAGAAUACUAAAUCUGUUCUAUACUCGGGGGAAUAUUGUGCUGCUUGUAGUUAUUUAUGGGGAUGCUACUAGUUCAAGACAUGAUGUAUCCUGGUGGCCCAAACUAUGGUCAAAUUUUCCCCUACAAUGAUGAGAGGAAUGUCAGUUAUGGUGGCUUCCAUCAGCUUUCCACGGGUGAAUGCAUACUGGGAGAGGGAGAUCUGGUUGAUCCGCCACCGGAUAGAUUUGCUGAGGCUGCUGAUGAAGACAGUGACGAGGACGUUGACAUAGAGGAACUCGAACGACGCAUGUGGAGAGACCGGAUGCGGCAUAAACGCUUGAAGGAGCAGCAACAGAGCAAAAACAAGGAGCAGGGUGAUGCAGAAAAGCAAUGUCAGUCACAAGAACAGGCUCGUCGGAAGAAGAUGUCUCGGGCACAGGAUGGAAUUCUCAAGUACAUGCUGAAAAUGAUGGAGGUCUGCAAGGCUCAGGGGUUUGUCUAUGGCAUAAUUCCGGAGAAGGGCAAGCCCGUCAGUGGUGCUUCUGAUAAUCUCAGAGGUUGGUGGAAAGAGAAGGUUAGAUUUGAUCGGAAUGGCCCUGCUGCUGUAGCCAAGUACCAGGCUGAUAAUGCCAUCCCUGGAUUUGACAGUGAUUUUAACUCUGGAUCUGUAAGUCCUCAUUCGCUGCAGGAGCUUCAGGACACAACAUUGGGUUCUCUCCUGUCAGCUCUUAUGCAGCACUGUGAUCCACCUCAGCGACGGUUUCCACUUGAGAAAGGAAUCCCUCCACCAUGGUGGCCUACUGGUAGAGAGGGAUGGUGGCCUCAAUUGGGCAUCCCAAAAGAACAAGGUCCACCUCCAUACAAGAAGCCACAUGAUCUGAAGAAGGCAUGGAAGGUUGGCGUCUUGACGGCUGUAAUCAAGCAUAUCUCUCCUGAUAUUGAGAAAAUCCGUCGGCUUGUUAGGCAAUCCAAAUGCCUCCAAGACAAGAUGACUUCCAAGGAGAGCGCGACAUGGCUUGCUGUCAUCAAGCAGGAGGAGGACAUGUACAUGAAGAUGCACCCUUGUGCCCUCGCACCCCCAUCUGCUGGGAGUGGUGUCACUGGAGCAAUCUCCUUCAACAGCAGUGAGUAUGACGUUGAAGGCAUUGAUGAAGCCAAGAAUGAGGAUGUGACAAUCUAUAAUCUGGUUGCUGAUGGUAAUACUUUGAACUUAGGAGCUAGUUCAGGGAAUCGGAUGUUUGGAUCAGCUCUGAUGAAGGAAGAGAAUGAUGUCGAAUUCAUUCAGAAAAGAGCUUCAUCCGAGUGUGAAUUGAUGAUGAACCAGCGGACCUAUACCUGUGAUAAUGUGCUAUGUCCACACAAUGAUUUCCAUAGUGGAUUUCUUGAUAGGAAUGCCAGAAACAGUCACCAGUACAUCUGCAAGUAUCAGAACACUCUUCCUCCAGGUUCUGGGAUGACGAGUAGCAGUUUCCAGGUGCCUGAGAACAAGCCUUUAGCUUUUCCUCUGCAAUUGAAUACUGAGUCAAAUCAUCCUUCAAUUGGAUCAAGGCUUAAUCCAGUGGAUAUUUCUGAAUUGGGUAUUCCUUCUGAUGGGCAAAAAUCAAUCGAUGAGUUAAUGAACUUCUAUGAUAACAGUAUCAGUGGUAGCAAGAACAUGAACUUGGAAGGUGUGACCAUGUUGGAAGGAUCGAAUUCUCAUCAGCCUAGAAUACAAAUGGAAAACAACUUCUUGGGGCAGGGGUCAGGAAUUGCUUGCAAUCUAUUUGAAGAAGUUGGUAGCUUGAUGGAGCAAUCACGCUACGUGCAGGAAAACACGGUACCAUUUGAACAAGAACUUGCUAGUGGGGGCUUCAUGACGGGGUCUGGCUUCAACAUAUCUGAAAUGAACUACUCUGAUACCUUGCAUAGGGGUAUCGGAGAUUCCUCACAAAAGCAAGAUGGAUUCAACUGGUUCUGCUAAAGGAAAUUUGGUGAAGGACCCAUUCGGAUGAUUCAUCACUGUGUAAGAUCACGUGUUCAAAGUGAUGGGAAUCAUGUCAGCAGCAUUGGAAUGGAUUUUCGAAUAUAAAUAAUGCUUGGAUUUGGGUUAAGGUGCUCUUCUUGUACCUCGGUAUGUACAUUUUCUUCCGUUUUCGUUGUGUCUUGGACAAAUAUUAUCAUGUGGAGUAUGCUCCCAGGGAGUUAUCAUGAAAAUGUUAUAGUCUUGAAUAGGAAGUGUAGGUGUGGGGGUUUUAUUAGUCAUGGGUACCGUGAAAUGGAUACUUUGAUCUAAUCCCUAUAUAUAUAUAUAUAUAUAUAAUCUUGUUUUUGCUCCGA